AUGGACGUGACUUGUUCCGGCUCUCCGCGGGAUCUGAAGACGGCCUUGAUGAAGCUGGAAGAGCUGGGAUUCCCUCGCAAGCACGAGCGAGCUUCACAGGAGCACAUGGUGCUCGAAGCGGUGCGGAAGCACCUGGAGCUGCCCCGGCACUGCGUGAAGCCCGCAGAUGUCCAUGUGGACAGUUCGAACUGCAUGCACGUCCAAUAUGCCAUUGAGGUCACAACUUCCGAGCACGAGGAGUUGAGUGAUGCCUCCGAAGCGAUGGCAAAAGGCUUUCAGCUGAAGGAGAGCUUGGAGAUGCCGAAGCUGAAGGAGGCGAUCCUCGAGGAGAUGCUCCGGUUCACCAACGAGAAGGUCAAGCCGGAGAGGCUGAGGAUCCUCCCUGUGGCUGUGAAGCCACUCGGCGACCUCCGCGUUGAGGUCCGCUGGGAGUUUGGCGAGGUCAAGCGCACCGAUAACAAGGAUCACAGCUACUUGGACGGAACCCUCAUCACUUUCGCGGGCCGUUCUCUUCAGGAGAUCAUCGACUAUCGAGGAGCACAUGGGGUGCGUGUCGUUCACAACGGCGUCGUGGACUAUGACGGAGUUUGGGUCGGUCCAGUCGGCGUCAGCGAUGCGGCGGAUGGUGCCAUCAAGCACCAAGGCUUGCUGCUGGAUGAGCUGCCGCGCUCUGGGACGCAAACCUUCGAGGUUCAGCUGGAGCAGCUACCUCCUUCGACCACUGACAUCUUCGUAGUUGUGUCAUCCCCGUCCGGGAAGGAGCUCAGCAAGUACAACAACAUCACCGUGGUCCUCAGCUCCGGACAUCAGGUGUCGACUUGCCUCCUCAAGUCCAAGCCGUCGUCUCCGGGUGUGGUGUUCUGCCGGCUUUUCAAGCAGGGUACGGCAUGGAAGCUGGGAGCUUGCAGGAGUCCGACUAGCAGCGGAUGUCACGACUUCCGUCCUGUGAUCAACAGCCUCCGCGCCAUCCAGGCGCAGACGCACCCGAGCUCCGCCCAGAUCUCUUUGGGGGACGAGUCCAACCGACAAGAGAGAAGGUUUCUGCCGUUGCAGCAGGUCCGCAGCAA